UGCCACCUAUCAAUGCCACAUAUCAGUGCCCAUCUGAGCUGCUUUUCAGUGUCACCUAUCAGUGCCAGUCAGUGCCACCUAUCAGUGCUGCCAAUCAGUGCCACCUAUCAGUGCCAGUCAGUGCCACCUAUCAGUGCCAGUCAGUGCCGCCUAUCAGUGCCAGUUAGUGCCACCUAUCAGUACGCACCAGUGCUGCCUAUCAGUGCCACCUAACAGUGCUGCCUAUCAGUGCCACCUAACAGUGCCAGUCAGUGCCGCCUAUCAGUGCCACCUAUCAGUGCUGCCUAUCAGUGC